GAGGAGACGGGGAGCGCGCGCGCGCCUCUUCACCUUCUUCGCUUCACGAGCUGCCGCUUCCUGGUUACUUCUCUUUUUUUAUAAACCCCACCCUCGUCUCUUCUUUGAUGUUCCAACUUCAGGCAGCUCCUCAGUGACGCGACGGCCUCCCCGUCGUGCCUUGGGCCGGCGGCUGGACGAAAGGCGAGGCCGGCGGUGAGGAGGAAGCCCAGCGGUAGGAGCGGGCCAUGGCCGAGCCGAGUCCGAAAAGGCUCAAGAGCGGCCUGCCCUUGUGCGCCAUCCACCGGCAUGGCAGAGCUCUGGGCAAACUCGUGAAGCAAAACUUCCCCGCCGUGGUGGAGGAAGGCCUGUGCGGAGUCACCGGUGCCCUGCUCGAGGUCGCCUAUGUCCUGCAGAUGCUGGUAAGGCCACCGCGCAGCGACCCGCUUGGCCUGCCAAGGCAGGCCUGGGGCGAGGCGCUGCGGCUCCUUCGGCGCUCGAGAUGCCUCUUUUCGGGGCCACAACGAGGGCUCGCUCUGGGUUGGCCUUUCUCCAUCCUGCCUCACCGCCUCACCUCGGGCCUCUUCAGUUGGGGUUCUUUCUUUCCUCGUUUCUGCUCUGCAUUUAGGCCGGACUUGCACGUCCACAAUAGCCAGUGCUCCCCCCCCCCCCCAGGGAGCACAGUACUGGCACUUCUUUUUUGUGUUGUUAAAAAGUGUAACACUUACUGCAACAACUUCAUGGUGACUGUUGUUGUUUAGUCCUUUAGUUGUGUCCGACUCUUCGUGACCCCAUGGACCAGAGCACGCCAGGCACUCCUGUCUUCCACUGACUCCCGCAGUUUGGUCAAACUCAUGUUCGUAGCUUCCAGAACACUGUCCAACCAUCUCGUCCUCUGUCGUCCCCUUCUCCUUGUGCCCUCAAUCUUUCCCAACAUCAGGGUCUUUUCCAGGGAGUCUUCUCUUCUCAUGAGGUGGCCAAAGUAUUGGAGCCUCAGCUUCAGGAUCUGCCCUUCCAGUGAGCACUCAGGGCUGAUUUCCUUAAGAAUGGAGAGGUUUGAUAGGUCCAUGGGACUCUCAAGGGUCUCCUCCAGCACCAGAAUUCAAAAGCAUCCAUUCUUCGGUGAUCAGCCUUCUUUAUGGUCCAGCUCUCACUUCCAUACAUCACUAUCAUGGUGACUACUGGCACCUAUUUCACUGAGAUAGCCGUUGCUUGAGUUCUUCUUCCCAAGCCGCAGCCAUCAAGCAAUGGAUAUGCUGGUAUAAGGUACCCAUGUUAAAAAGAGGGGUAGAAGAGGUGCACACCUGGGAACUCUUCUAGUAACCUCGUGGUGUGUGAUGGCUAGUUCAUGGCAAAGGCACACUUUAAAACAUUAUUAUGUACAUCUUCUGGAACUGCUGUUGUGAAAACAGAUUCUGGUUUGCAUCCCAAGGAGCUGUGGCUAAAAUACUUCUUCCUUUGCUGGAUACAGCUGAGGCAUGGCUUUUCUUCUGUAUUAAACCAACAUCUGCUGAGGUCUUUUGCUGCACAUAAAGUGACUAAAUCCCCACUCUUUCCACACGUGUGUGCCUGCAUUCAUACAUUCGGCUGACAACAUUAGUUCAUGAAUAAUAGCUCAGUUGGUUAGAGUAUGGGGCUGAUCGUACCAAGGUCCCAGGUUCGAUUCCCAUAUAGGACAGCAGCAUAUUCCUGCAUUGCAGGGGGUUGGACUAGAUGAUCCUCAGGGUGCCUUCCAACUCUACAAUUCUAUGAUUGUAUGAUUCUAUUCUAUCUGGUAUACUCCUUUGCUACAUAUGGCCCUGUCCUCAACCUUAGGAUGGAGGCCCAUUCUCUUCCUUCUUGUCACUCUGCCAUGCCCCCAUUGUGCUAUGGAGCCAGGCUCCCACUGCUUUUCAAAUGCCCUCUCCUUCACAAAUGCUCCUUCACAUGCAGAGCCAACCACUUGUAGGGUCAUGUUAAAAUGCUCAUGUGUUGGAAGGCUGUGGGAAAGAAAUGACAUCAUUUUGUCCACUGGGUGACAACUGGCUGUAUACACAUGGAUUGUACACAACUGAAUGGAUGUGUUCAUUGUAACACCAAACUAAAUUAUUAAUGUAUCUCCCCCAAAUUUCAGGUUUCUAUUUCAUAAGGCAGUAUUGUAAGUAUUUUGGGGGGUAUGCCAAGUCCACUGUUUUGAGGGAGAGAUGUGCACGUAUGCCCCAUUUUGAUGCCAGAAGUACUUUUUUGUGAGCAAAUACUUAGCUAGGUCAUGUGGAUAUACCCUAGCAAUUUUGAUACUGCCAUGAAUGAGCAAGUCAGACAGUACCACACAUCUUAUAUAUUAUGGUACAUUUUGCUGCUGUAUGAAAUUACUAUAUUGCUAUAUUCACUGUAUUUACAAUAUCUAAUAUUUCUUUUAAGGUUGUUCAUGGCAUAUAAAUAAUAAUAUGCAUGGAAAAUAAUGGUUCAGCAUUUACUGCAAGCGGACACUCAUAAACUGAUGCAAAGCUCCUGUUCAGCUGUGCAAUCUUUCCCCUUUGUAUAACUCACUUCUGUCUGUUGCUAUCUGUUGUGAUUUCUUUUUAUAUGAAGUCUUAAUUUUGGACAAGUCCUGCAUCUUAGGAGGUCCGGAACCAAGGAAGGAAAUUUACAUGCUGACUGACUCACUUUUGGAUAUGUGAACAGUAGUGAAUCAGUCUUUAAGAGACUCAGUGCCUGUAAGUAUGGGGGCAGAAGUCAGGCCCUUUUUACUUGCGAAAAAUAUGAGUGUUAAAUGAGUCUGGUAGGCAACUGACGGUAAUGAAGCUACACUGAUUAUACGGUAGAGUAAGAGAAUCAAGGAAUGAAGAGCAGGGAUGGGGAAAGUGAUGAAGCAAGGGAAGAAAAACUGACUCAGAACUUAGCGGUGGGAAGCUGUGACAACAUCCUUCAGCUGUCACUGCAUUCCUUCUAAAAAGAGAAAAGGGGAAGCUGCUGACAACACUGCCCUGAUUAGAUAUAAGGAUCACAAUUCAAGAUGACAAUAUUCUCAGAAUAUGAGAACAUAUUUUUCCAGCAAAAACAAUGAGGAAAUGGGCCAUAAAGUCCCAUCUUCUCUGCAGGCACAGAAUGUACUUGGGCAAUUGCUGGAACUUAGUAUGAGUCUGGAUCUGUUUCUUUCAUAUUGUUAAUGAUUUUCUUCAUGUUUUAAUGUGGUGAAAACCUUAGGGAGUGUUUUCUUAUCUCAUAUAUCUAUCUGAUUGGCCACUGUGAGAACAGGAUCGUUGACUGGAUGGGACAUUGGUUUAUUUGCCGGGGCUUUUCCUAUGUUCCUUUGAAGUUUGAAGGAGGGUAAACUUGGUAGGCAGUAAACUGAAGAGGCAAUAACCUGAAGUAAACUGAAGUAAACUGAACAUGAAGAGUAGCAGUGAUCCAAGACCUGAUUCUUACAUUAUGGAAGUGACAUUGUUUCGAUUUUCCCAUGAUUCCAUUCCACACACUUUUCAAUAAUGUAAGAAUUCAGAAACCAUGUGGAAAAAUCAAGCUCAUGUGGGAAGAACAGCAAUAACACCAGGGGCCAGAUCUGGAGGAUGGGGUGUGUAAGAAAGCGGUAACAUGACACAGGAUGUAACUAUGGGAGAAGAAUGGCAAUCAUGUUGCCUGUAUAUCCCCCUGCAUACUUUCCACUCUCCAACUACUACUCCAGAGGCAACAGCUUCUAACUUUCUGCAACAAAAGAAGUGACAAAUGGUACAGCCUCUAACAUUCCUUAUCCUUACAAAUAUCUACUGUAGAAAUAUACAGCAUCCUGAUUCAGCCAGAGAUCUGCAUGCAUAAGCAGUCUUGUGUGCAUGUUGCAUUUGGAUAAGCAUCCUUAUUCACAUCAUCAUGUGUACUUGAGUCCUCAUACACUGACUAGAUGCAUCUUUGAAUGAAAAUAUGCAUCUGUAUCAAUCCCCCCCCGCCAAUUCAACUACUUUCAGUUUUUUGAAAAACAUAUCAGAUAUUUCUGCAUUCUGUAAAAUUAACAGUGUUUACCUUUUUUGAAUAUAAUUGUGCUAAAUCAGAUCCCAGUCACAUUAAGGCAUGAGUGAGGAGUACAUGGCUCACCCUGUGUCAUUGGGCUCCAACUCCCUUUAUCCCCAGCCAGAAUGGGCAGUGGUCAGGGAUAUUGGGAAUUGUUGCCCAAUGACAUGGGCGCUAUAGUCUCCCACCCCUAAUUUGGAAUAUUAGUAAACUUUCUGGAAAACUAAUUGCCCAUGACUACAACUAAAACAGGUUAUAUGGUCUUUUGUCUGGUGUACAAAUAUUUUUUUAACUUAACAUACACAUACCCCAGGGUACCUAAUUUGAAAUAUUGUUUCUAUCUAUGGCAAAAGCAAAAGUUUGUGUUUUACUUCUAAAAUAUAUAGGUUUUCCAGAAAUGUUUUUUUCUUCUACUCCUUUUGAAGUUUAAACCUAAGUACUGUAAACAUUAUGCAAUAUUAUUGUACUUUGUAUAUGAACUGCAGUGAGUGUUUUGCUUUGUUGUCUAUUUGAAAAAUAUAGGGUGAAAUCUUUGAUCAUUCUGAUAUGGCUUUACCAAAUGUUUCUAAAUUCUUCUUGGACCGGGCUAAAGAGGAGAGGGAAGCAGCAGAAGCUCUCAUACAAUACCAGCAUGACAGGGGAGGCCUCUACUGUACCAGAGUUAUCCAGGUAUGUGGCAAAGUUUGUCCUCAUGUCUGAGGUUUAACUUCAUAAGGUAUAUGUCUCAUGUAACAGAUCAAAAAAGAACUUGCACACAUAUCCCUUAUGAUAUGAGCUACAUCUGCAUUUAGCUACACCUAUUUUCAUGUUAGCCUAGAAGCAUAAAGCGAGAAGACAUGUUUUUUUCCCUGUCAUGUUUCUGCAUGACACCUAGCGGGUUUCAUGCCGCUCACAGUGAAAUGAUAGGGUCAGAUUUGGAGCUUAGCUUUUCCCCCCCAUACAAAUUCAAAUUUUCUUUUUAGACAUCAGUUUUAUUGCACUUAUUAAAGAGGGGUUUUUUAACACCACUGUAACCAUGAUUUGAGUUCCUUCCCCACUUCCAGGAUGAAUGACAUAUGGCCAUAUGUUAACAGGUAUAGAAGUGCUUUCACCCUGCCAUCUCUUGCAAUUUGAAGCAAAUAUGUAUGAAAACUAUUUUGCUUUUCUGCUCCAAGGCAACUAAUCUGGGAGACCCAGCACAAUCCAUAUCCUUUGAAAAUCUAGCAAAUUCCAUUUGAUAUUUGUUUAAUCUUAUCUCUUGUGGACAUCCUUCCCUAUGCAAGCAAGCAGCACCCGCAUGAACAUCACCAUUCCAUGCUUUUAGAUCCCAUCCUUCCUCCAGGGAUCUGAGGGUAGAGUACACGGGUUCUCUUCUUUUCAUUGGAGAUCUGCAUGGAUCAAUGUUACACUCGUGCAAUUUUAUGUUGCUACAACCCAUUCUAGUCUUUCAUUACUUUAUUGGCAAUGAACAUAUUUUAGAGAUCAAUAUUAUCCACACCAAUUAUACAAACACUUGGUUAACAUAUCAUCAUAUAAAAGCUGUAAUAAGCUUGGUGAGCUGCCUUGUGUGCAUAUAUUAAUUUUCUAUAUCUGUAUCCCACAAAUCUCAAAGAUGUUGCUCAGAAGACAGAGGUAAGAGCAUUACAGCACAAGCAGUUGAAAAUGUGGUGGAAACAAUUGUAACUUCUACUAUUUGCCAUCUUUGUUCUGCUCUUUGUGAUUCCAGAAACCACCCAGUGUGUUAAUAAGCGGUGUGGCGGCAGCUCUGGAAGUAGCCCUAGUACAAUGGAAGAUGAUGGCGGGCCAUUUUGAAGAGCUUUAUGCUCUGAGUAUCAAGAACUCAGACCCUCACACUGCAAGCACAAUUAAGAAGCAAUUUCUAGCACCCAAGAUACAGAAGAUCAAGUUGAUGGGAGAUCUAAUUACCAAUGCUCGUAGGCUUAGGAAUGCCCAAGAUAGCAGAGGUGACCUUGAGAACUAUCUUAUAGACCGUCUGCAAAAAGAACUAAAGAUUGGGACCGAUUCAGAAGCACACUGCAGUCUCCAUGCACCAUUUCAGAAAUGUACAAGAGCUGCAAAUGAGCUACAGCUUCUGCGAGAGGAGUACCUUCAGCCCAAGAAUGGGAUAAGGCCAAAAUACCAAGGCCAGUGUUGCUCCCUCUCUCAGCCUCGGUGGAAGGGCUUGCGGGAAAGAGAUCAAAGGCAGGAGCACAAAUGGCAUUAGAUUGGCUGGGAUAUGAAGUAUGCCACUGCUGAGCAGUGCUAUGAUAUUCAUACAUCUCUAAAUUGUCCCAGAAUAGUUGUCUAUAGGUUGACAUGAUUUGUGAAAACAGUCCCCACAAACAGGGUAACUGUACCAUCAUGAUUUGGUCAUUGUUGAUUAUUUUGUUCAUGAUACUAUGUUUGAAAAGGCAGUUAUUCCACCAUGGACUGCAGUCCUUUCUAUGAGUUCAGGAACUCCUUACCUUCAUCUAAAAGUUAUACUAACUCUUACCCACAAUAUUGAGCUCUAGACAAUCAGUAUAGUCAGGCAUUAGGUUAGCUUGAAUAAGUGCAUAAAUGAUAACCUUGUAUUUUUCUACUAUGUAGUAAGGGUCUUUUAUAAUGCAUUCCUUUAAAAUAACAAGAUAAAUUAGAUUUUAAUAUUUCAAUGGUUGCCUUGAUAGAAGUUUAUUAACCUUACAGAGACUUCUAUUUUAGUGUACAUCCAUUUUUAUGCUUUUUUUUUUAUAUUGCCACAUAGCUUAAUGUAAGCACAAUAAAAUUGUUUACCUUGGUGCAUUGUACUUACAUUUUUAAGGUGGUAGUUUAAUACGAAAUAUUUUACUACAUAUUUGAUAUGCCUGCAAUAGCAAUGAUAAUAAAUGUUGAAAAUUU